AUGGAUGCUUCGUUUUGGUCAUCAGAAACUAACAGUUUUCGACGAUUCACCCCUGAGUCCUUGGCAGCAAUCGAGGAAAGGAUUGCCAACAAAAAAAAGGAGAAAGUUGAACUUAAAGGGAAGAAAAAGGACCAAGGAGCUGAAAAAAAACUUACUCCUCAGCUUGACUUGAAAACCUGCAAAAAGUUGCCAUCUCUGUAUGGGGACAUUCCUGCAGAGCUAGUUGGGGAACCCCUGGAGGAUUUUGAUCCAUACUACAGUGAUCACAAGACUUUUAUGGUGCUAAAUAAAAGGAGGACUAUUUUCCGGUUUGCUGCCACACCUGCCUUGUUUAUAUUUGGUCCUUUUAAUCCAGUCAGAAAAGCAGCAAUUCAAAUUCUAAUCCAUUCGUUGUUUCUUGCCAUUAUUACGUGCACUGUGUUACUCAAUUGUAUGGCUAUGACAAUCCCUCACCUCCUUGUGGAAGCCUACUGGACUGAACAUGUUUUCACUGCCAUAUAUACUAUUGAAAUAUUGAUUAAAAUAGUAGCAAGAGGAUUUGUUUGGAAUGAAUUUACUUUUCUUCGAGAUCCAUGGAACUGCUUGGAUUUUUGUAUUAUUAUAGUAAUGUAUGUUACUGCAUUUCAGAGUGUGGGCAAUGUUUCAGUUCUUCGAACUUUCAGAGUACUGAGGACUUUGAAAGCAAUUUCAGUAAUACCAGGUCUGAAAAUAAUUGUGAAUUCACUUGUCGAAUCUGUUAAGAAGCUUGUGGAUGUGUUGAUCCUGACUGUAUUUUGCUUGAGUGUAUUUGCACUAAUAGGCCUCCAGCUUUUCAUGGGCAAUCUAAAAUCCAAAUGUGUCCUCAAUAACACUCAGUUCAAUGACUCCUUAUGUAAGGAUCCCAAGAUAUAUGUACCAAGUGAUGAAGGUAAAUGUGUUUCAUUUCUCCCUUUACAUAAUCUAUUGGAAGACUCUUCUGAAAUAUUGCUCUGUGGGUACAGUGGAGAACUGAAUACAGAGUGUCCAGAAAACUACACCUGUGAGAAGAUUGGGAGCAAUCCUGACUUUGGCUACACAAGUUUUGACCAUUUUGGCUGGGCCUUCCUCUCUGUGUUCCGUCUGAUGACCCAGGACUACUGGGAGCGUCUCUACAGACAAACUAUCCGUACAUCUGGAGUGUCCUCUGUCUUUUUUUUUAUGGCAGUCAUCUUCUUCUGCUCAUUUUAUCUCUUCAAUCUGAUCUUGGCUGUGGUAACUAUGGCAUAUGAAGAGGAAAACAGAGCUACUCGUGCUGAAACAGAGGCAAAGGAAAAACUGCUUCAGGAUGCCAAACAAAUUAUAGAGAAGGAGCAGAUGUUGGCUAUGGAAGAAGGCAGUAAGGCCUUGCAUGCUGGAUCUGAAAUAUCAAUUGCUGACUUGAGAAAUUCAAAAGGAAAAGAGAGUAAUAAGGAAACACCUACUUCAAGGCAAAACUUAAUUUUAGAUGACCAGGAAAAUGAGGAGCAAAUAUUUCGUUCACAGCCUGAUCGCUGCCACAAGAAGCUUAGGCAGAUCCUGCUGUCCUAUGAGGUGUCCAUGGAUGCUAUCAAUGAUCCUGUCCGAAGACAGAGGUUAAUGAGUGCAGCCACAAUUCUUACAGAUAAUUCAAACAAAAAACUGAACUGUCCUACAUUUUGGAAAAAUUUCCCUCAAAAGUAUCUCAUUUGGAAUUGUUGUCCAUUCUGGAGAGCAGUCAAAAAGAAGAUGAAAUUGGUAAUUUUGAAUCCAUUUGUUGAUCUCUUAAUCAUGGUUUGCAUUAUCUUGAACACCUUAUUCCUGGCUAUGGAGUACCCUGGCAUGGACCCAGAUUACCAAAAACUGAUUUCUCUAAGUGACCAGGUUUUCACCCUGAUUUUUACUGUAGAAAUGAUCUUGAAAAUCAUUGCUCUAGAUCCUUACUACUAUUUCCAGCGAAAGUGGAAUGUUUUUGAUAGCGUGGUUGUUUUAAUUGGCCUAGCGAGCUUUGGAACAAAUCUGUCACCUUUCAGGCUGCUCAGGAUCUUCAAAUUGGCAAAGUCCUGGCCAGCCUUAAAUACUCUUAUGAAAAUAAUUCUACACUCAUUUGGUGCACUGAGUAACCUCACUCUGGUUUUGGCAAUCACAGUAUUUAUUUUUGCUGUAGUAGGAAUGCAGAUUUUGGGCAGUGAUUAUGCUGCAGAAUCCUGUAAAAUAAGCUCCAGUGGCAAAUUACGCUGGCAUAUGAUAGAUUUUAGUCAUUCAGUCCUGAUUAUAUUCCGAAUAUUAUGUGGAGAAUGGAUUGAAACUAUGUGGGAAUGCAUGGAAGUGGCUGGAAAAAAGAAAUGUCUCAUCAUUUUCUUGCUCGUCCUGGUUUUAGGAAACCUGGUGGUGCUCAACCUGUUCAUUGCUUUGCUGCUGAGUUCAUUCAACAAUGGCAGCCCAAAGGGAGAAGAGGAGCCCGGAGAAGGCACGAAAUACCAGGUUGCCAUUGCACAGAUUCACAAGGGCCUGAAGGCUGUGAAAGACAGAAUUUGGGAUCACUGCUGCAAAAGAAUGAGAGGAAGCCUCAGAAGAAGAGACAAAAAGAAGACUGUGGCAGAAGUUUCUGGAAAAGGCAUAGAGAUUACUAAUUAUGCCAUGACAGAUGUCAGAAAGCAGAUAGACAACAGCUGCUUUGACAUAGAGCGUUGCCACAUGGAAGAGAGCUCCUCACUUGCAAGGAAAUAUGAAGGAAUUUUGACCAGCCACAGUACCUGUGUUCCCAUUACAGCAGCAGAGGCUUACACCAACAAAGGUGAUGAUGGGCACGUUUUGCACACAGCUGUAGAAUACAGAAAACAGAAAUACCAUGCUGUUCGUAGCUUUUCUGAAACCAGCACUGUGGAUCCAGUUGCUCUUCUAGAGAUCCUUUCCCAGACUAAAAACUCAAAGCUGCCUAAGGACUGCUUUGUAGAAUGUUGUGUUGAGUGUUUCCCAUGUUGUGUAGUGGAUAUCACAAAGUUUUCAGGCAGAACUUGGUGGAACUUUAGAAAAACCUGCUACAGAAUCGUUAACCACAGUGGCUUUGAAUAUUUUAUGGUUUUUAUGAUUGUAUUGAGCAGCGCAGCACUGGCAUUUGAAGAUAUUCACCUGCAGAAGAGGCAAAAAGUGAAAAUUAUCCUAGAUUAUGCUGAUAAGAUAUUUACCUACACCUUUUUAAUGGAGAUGCUUCUGAAAUGGAUGGCUUUUGGUUUGCACAGUUAUUUCACAAAUUCUUGGUGUUUGCUUGACUUCAUCAUUGUAUGUGUAAGUAUUAUACUCAGCUUAAUAAAUUCUGUUUCUGAAGAUUCAUCACCUUGUUCCUCUGGGACCAGCCUGAAAUCUCUCAGGACUUUAAGAGCACUUAGGCCUCUACGAGCUUUGUCAAGAUUUGAAGGGAUAAAGGUUGUUGUGAAUGCACUCUUUGGAGCCAUCCCCUCAAUUUUCAACGUCCUGCUUGUCUGUGUGGUCUUUUGGCUCCUCUUUAAUGUUCUAGGAGUAAAAUGGCUUGGAAGCAGAUUUUGGAAAUGCACACUCAAAGAAGGAAAUCUUGAUCUCAUUAAUACCAAAAAUGAUUGUGAUUCCCACAAUGGCACAUGGUCAAAUAAUGCUGUAAAUUUUGACAAUGUUGGUAUGGGAUACUUGGCUCUUCUCCAAGUGGCAACUUUUAAAGGUUGGAUGGAUAUUAUGUAUGCAGCAGUGGAUUCACGUGAGAUCAAUCAACAGCCAAUAUUUGAAGCACGCUUACACAUGUAUGCGUUCUUUGUGGUUUUCAUUAUUUUUGGAUCUUUCUUCAUGCUGAACCUUUUCAUUGGAGUGGUUAUCAGCAAUUUUAACCAGCAAAGGAAAAAGAUAAGUGGAAAAGAUCUAUUUUUGACUGAGGAACAGAAAAAGUACUAUAAUGCCCUAAAAAAACUUGGAUCCAAGAAACCCCAAAAACCCAUCCCAAGACCAUCGAAUGCAUUUUUAGGAUGGCUGUUUGACAUCGUAUCUCACAAAGCUUUUGAAAUCACCAUUGUGAUUUUCAUCUGUCUAAAUAUGAUCGUUAUGGUGGCAGAAGACAACCAGAAAGCCACCAAGGAUGUUCUUAAUAAAAUCAACUAUUUUUUUGUGGCUGUAUUCACUGCAGAAUGUGUCAUGAAAAUACUGGCCUUAAGGCACUACUACUUUGGAAGCUGCUGGAAUAUGUUUGAUUUCAGUGUCGUGAUCCUCUCAAUAGUGAGUCUUGGAGUUUCUGAAGUAUUUCGAUCUUUCUUCUCCCCUACGGUUUUGAGGACUCUUCGUUUGGUGCGGAUUGGCCGAAUCCUGAGGCUAGUUCACAAGGCCAAAAGAAUUCAUACUCUUCUUUUUGCAUUGCUGAUGUCUCUUCCUGCACUGGUCAACAUUGGCCUUUUGCUUUUCCUGAUUAUGUUCAUUUAUGCCAUCGUGGGCAUGGCAAACUUUGCCUGUCUCCGCUUGGGCGGUGGGAUUGAUGACAUUUUCAACUUCCAAACAUUUUGUGGUAGCAUUCUCUGCCUUUUCCAAAUUACCACAUCAGCUGGCUGGGAUAGUCUUCUGUCCCCUGUGCUGAAAGGACCUGACACAUGUGCUCCCCAAUUAAAUGUAACAGGGACAGAGAAAAAUAAUUGCAUAAAUAAGGGCUUUGGUAUUUUAUAUUUUGUAAGCUAUGUCAUUAUAUCGUUUCUCAUUGUUAUAAAUAUGUACAUAGCUGUCAUUUUGGAGAACUUCAGCGUUGCCACUGAGGAAAGCACGGAUCCUCUUUGUGAGGAUGACUUUGAUAUGUUUUAUGAGACAUGGGGAAAGUUUGACCCUCUGGCAACGCAGUUUAUAGAUUAUUCUGCUCUUUCAGACUUUGCAGAUGCACUGGCGUUCCCCUUGCGCAUCCCAAAGCCCAAUAAAAUCCAGCUCAUAUCCAUGGACAUCCCUAUACUUAGUGGAGAUAAGAUCCACUACUUGGAUAUCUUGCUGGCUUUUACCAAAAGGGUCUUGGGAGAAUCUGGAGAUUUGGAGAGUCUUGAAUUAAAUGUAGAAGAAAAUAUUGCAGCUCCCAAUCCAUCUAAAAGUUGUUACAGCCCAAUUUCUUCUACCCUCAAAAGAAAACAAGAGGAAGUGUCAGCUCUUAUUAUUCAAAGGGCCUUCAGGAGGUAUUUGAGACAACGUUCUCUUGAAAAUAGAUCCUUAAACCGUUGCAAACAUAACAGUGCUGUCUUUGCAGAAGAAAUACAGGACAAGCCAAGUCUUCUUGAAUCACGGCUUAAUGAAAAUCAAGGUAGGAAGGCAGAUAAAUUACGUCCUGUUUCUUCCAUAUCCCUCCCUUUAUUUUAUGAUGGCUUUGCUCACACAGACAGGGAUAAGCCUGACACAUGA